AUGGCUCACAAGGAAUCAUCCACCCUGGUCGGCUGCCUACUCGAUGUAUCGGGGUCGAUGCGGAAGGUCUUUGAGACAGGCCGAGCUGAUGAUCGCGCGGUGGAUCGUUUCCAUGCGGUGCUGGGCGCAGCCCUCCAGAUUGCCCGCAAGGAGCAACAAAGCGACUCCAAGGCUAAAAUGUUCGUUGGCGCGUUCGGUCUUGAUCGCCAGGCCGGGUAUCCACCAACUGUCGACCUCUGCGGCAUUGUUAAGGCCCUCCUCGGAGAGAUCGGUCAAGACGAUCGAAGCGGUCAUGAGCUGCUUAUCGAGGUCGCGAACGAGAACCAUCUGGCCCAUAUAACGGAGUACAUCCAGAGCAAGCUUACAGAUACCGUAGCGCGUAUUGUCCACGCGUGCCUUCGUCGACACCCGGAGCGGAUUUGUGAAUUCAUUGACGCAAUACCGAGUGCGGAACAAACCCUACUCUCACAGAGGAAGAAGGAUGAAUUAAAAUCUGGCAUUAAGACCAUAUUUAAACCAUUAACACCAGUCGGUGGUGCUACUUUGGCAGAGACGGCAAACAGUGGUGUCGAUAAAUGUGGGGACUGGGAGCUGCAACUGCAUGCUACAGGCGCUCGUACAUGCUUAUCCGCAACCAUUGAGGAAUUCAUGUACGGAGACACUCCAAUGCGCGACGCAUUGAACCAGUCAUUGGCCGUGUUUCGCGAAAAUGCCGAGUUUGGCCAGCGGGUUCUCGUCCUGAUGACGGAUGGGUACGGAACUGACGGUGAUCCUAGCCACAUCGCCUCUGAGCUGCGUGCGGAGAGGGUCACUUUGGCAGGAGUGUACCUGACGAACGAUCGCCAUGUUGCUCAGCGACGCUUAUACGACCAACCGGCCUCCUCCUGGAAUAAGGGUCAGCGGACGCUUUUCCACAUGGCCUCCAAGGUAUCUGCCAGCGAGCACCCCAUUCCGGUGUUGGUGUCGGUGGGCUGGCAGGUCCCGUACUCUGGGGAAGUCGCCUUGCAAGUCUCUCUCUGUACUGAGACCGCAGUCGAGGAAUUCUGCUCGCUGUUGGUAUCGGCGCAUCUCGGGUCUACGGAUGCGCUGCUAGACGUCAUAGGCCGACUAAGUCUUGACGAGUAUAUCAACGACAGGCACAUAACUGCUUGCAAUGACCCAUCAAACCAGGGCAACUCUGCAACUUGUUAUGCGCAUGCUAUCGCUGCCGUGAUGCACAUGGCGCUGUUGCGCAUAGAGCGUAGGGAUCCCUGUCCGAGUAUUGAAGAGAUCCGAAAUAGGAUCCUCCGCGAAUUCCCCCCAGGCGCGCAUGGCCGUCGGACCGAAGAGGUGCUAAGCCAGGCAGUCCAGUGGCAUCGCCUUCGGUACCGGGCCGUGGACGAGAUAGAGGCCCGGAAGGCAGUGUUACAUCGGCGCCCUGUGCUGACCACCUUUCGCCUCUCAGACGCAGCUUGGACGAAGUUCAGGCAACAUUUCCGUCGACCUCAGACCCAUAGAUCAGUGCUCACCGAGACCGACAUGCGGCCGUACCGUCGGGGUCCCCAGGGCGGUGGACAUGCCGUCGUCUUGUACGCCUGUGAUCCCCAUUCGUUAUCGUUCCUCAACUCCUGGGGCAGCAAAUGGGGUUCAAAUGGGAGCUUUCGGGUGCAAAGUCCCGCCGUACUCGAAACAGACGGGCCGGACGGUCUGGCUCCUGUGCGCUUUUAUGAUGUCUUCUGGUACGAAAGGGACCUGACUGCGAGCGAGCGAGCGGCCUACGAAGCAAAAGUCGAUGAGAAACUCCGCGCUUACGCAACCGAAUAUCCCAGUCUCUUCGAACUGGAGGCGACGUGCCCACUCUGCCAAAGGAUCUCCGUGAUCUCGGACUUCACCGGCAACGCCCGUGAAGCGAGAUGUCCACGUUGUCUACAUUCCUUUGUUCCGCAGCCUGGGCAUCUUGUCCAGGCACUCUAUGCUCGUGCGGGAUUAGGCUUGUAG